AUGGAGCGCAAUGAUAUAGCUGAAGAAGAGAGGCCGAAGGUCAUCAAAGAUGACUCGACCGACGGAGAUGAUGGUCGGGCAGAGGGAGACAAGGGAUUGAGGAAAAUCAAGAAAUCUGAUCCAUUUGACGUGGAGACUGCUCAGUUCAACUCCCACCAAGGCCAUUCAUCAAACCAGAAUUUGCCAUGGGGGGUGAUAAUCAAGCUUGCAAUUCAAAGCAUCGGGGUGGUGUACGGCGAUAUAGGCACGUCCCCUCUUUAUGUCAUGACAGGAGUUUUUCCUAACGGGAUAAAAAACGAAGAAGAUAUCCUUGGAGCACUAUCUCUGAUCUUUUACUCAAUGAUCCUCAUUUACAUGAUCAAGUAUGUCUUCAUUGUUCUAUCGGCGAAUGACAAUGGUGAUGGAGGGACGUUUGCUUUGUACUCUCUAAUAUGCCGCUAUGCCAAGGCAAGCUUGACCCCUAACGAACAAGCCGAAGAUAAGGAAGUCUCAAACUACCGCCUUGAGGUGCCAAGCCGCCGCCUCCGGUGGGCGUCCGCUGUGAAGUCCUUGCUUGAGAAUAGGAAAGCAGCCAAGUACUUGCUCUUGUUUGUAACUAUGUUGGGCACUGCCAUGGUCAUUGGAGACGGGAUCCUCACGCCAUGCAUAUCCGUAUUGUCGGCUAUUGGGGGCAUAAGAGAAGCUGCAAGUUCAUUUGGAAAUGAUCAAGUCAUGUGGAUAUCUGUGGUGAUCUUGAUCCUUCUGUUUCAAGUCCAAAGGUUUGGGACUCAAAAAGUUGGAUACAGCUUUGCCCCGAUUCUCUCUUUAUGGUUCCUCUGUAUCGCACUAAUUGGCAUCUACAAUUUCGCGAAACAUGACCCGGGAGUGAUAAGAGCCGUUAAUCCGCUCUACAUCAUCCAUUACUUCAUGAGGAACAAAAAGGAUGCAUGGAUUUCUCUUGGAGGGGUCAUUCUCUGCCUAACUGGUUCUGAAGCAUUGUUUGCUGAUCUGGGGCAUUUUAAUAUCCUGUCAAUUCAAUUGAGUUCAUGCCUAGUUGUCUUUCCUUCAAUCAUCCUCGCCUACUUUGGUCAAGCGGCGUAUCUCCGAAAGCACACUGAAGAUGUUGCUAGCACUUUCUACAGUUCGAUACCGAAACCAAUGUAUUGGCCAAUGUUUGUGAUUGCGGUGUUGGCGGCGAUAAUAGCAAGUCAAGCCAUGAUAUCGGCCACGUAUUCCAUAGUGAAGCAAUCGGUUGCGCUCGGGUGCUUCCCAAGCGUAAAGGUAGUGCACACUUCGAAAGACCACGAGGGUCAGAUCUACAUACCUGAGGUCAACACCCUCCUCAUGUUGGCCUGUGUUGGCGUCACCCUUGGCUUCAAGACGACAUUGCAGUUGGGCAACGCUUAUGGAAUUGCGGUUGUAUUUGUUUUCACUAUCACGUCCACAUUCCUUGUUAUUGUGAUGAUCAUGAUUUGGAAGACCAACAUACUCCUCGUAGUCCUCUACAUCCUCACCAUCGGGCUCGCGGAGUAUGUGUUUCUAAGUUCGGUCCUCUACAAAUUUGUGGAUGGGGGUUACGUCCCACUAGUCUUCGCUGUCGUGAUGGUCACCAUCAUGUUGGUAUGGAAUUACGGGUACCGAAAGAAGUACGAGUAUGAGUUUGAGAACAAGGUCUCGAGAGAAGCCCUUGUCACGAUCAUGUCGAACACAAACAUACGCCAGGUCCCCGCGGUCGCCCUGUUCUACACCGAGCUCGUCCAAGGCAUUUCCCCAGUAUUCAACCAAUACGUCGCCAAUGUACCUGCAUUGCACUCGGUCCUUAUUUUCGUCUCAAUCAAGUCGCUACCCAUAAGCAAGGUGCCCUCCGAGGAGCGGUUCAUCUUUCGACAGGUGGAGCCUGAGGCGUCGGGCAUAUAUCGUUGCGUUGUGAGAUAUGGAUAUCGAGAUGCGAGGAUGGAGCAGCAAUUCUUCGAGAAGGUCUUGAUUGACCGAUUGAAGGAUUUUAUCCGGAACGACGGUAGUGACCAUGGAAUGGCAAUGGUCAAUGAAGCGAGAGCGCAGAAAGAGAUUGGAUUGGUGGAUGAAGCAAUCGAGAAUGGAGGGAUCAAGUACCUAAUGGCUCAGAGUGAGGUCAUAGCUUCAAGUGGUUCAGGCUGCUCAAAAAGGUUUGUAAUCAAUUAUCUGUACAGCUGGUUGAAGAGGAACGUGAGGCAGCAAGAGGAAGUGUUCGGCAUUCCCCACAAGAGGCUGCUCAAAGUAGGAAUCACUUACGAGAUCUAG